AUCUGGCUCCUCUCGAUGUGGAGAAGCAGCGACUCUACUCUUGAGAUCCUCCCGGAUGACCGAGCUUCUAAGGGAGAGCCCGGACACCCUGCGGCUGAAACGCAUUGUAUCCGGGAUCUACAGCUCGUGACUGUAGUUCUGAGGACCGGCUUCAAAUCUGACCUCGCCUGUGUGGACUUUGCAUCUUCUCCCCAUGCGGUUUUCUCCUGGUACUCCGGUUUCCUCCCACAUCCCAAAAACAUCCAUGACGUCAGUGAAAAAUAUCUCCGUCCUUGGCAGCAGGAGCCAGAUUCCCUCCACGUAAAAAAGGAGGAGGAAGAAGAGCACCCUCUCAUUAAAGAGGAAGUGGAGGAGCCCCAUUACAUUAAAAAGGAGCCAGAAACCACCCUGAUUAAAGAGGAAGAGGAGGAUGAUCUCACCGUGUUACCAUUGUACUUUGUCCCUUUAAAGAGUGAAGAUGAAGACAAGGGUCAGAGUGACGAGAAGAGAGAGGCGGAGCCUCCAAGCAGCAGCUCAGGUCAACCCACAACAACAGAAGGUGAUGGAGAGCACUGUGGAGGAUCCCACGCCGAUAGUGACAACAUAACGUCACAAUCUCCUGACAUUGAUGAUGACCAUGAUGAGGAUUAUGAUGAUGAGGAUUAUGAUGAUGAUGGUGAUGGCGAUGAACACUCUGAAGAUGAUAUGGCACGUGACAACAAAGGCUGGAAAUGUUCUCAGUGUGGGAAAACAGGUAGAUCAAAAGGGCAUUUGAAUGUUCAUAUGAGACGACACACUGGAGAGAAGCAUUAUGUCUGCUCAGUUUGUGGCAAAAGCUUCUAUGACAAGUCAAGUUUAACCACACACACGAGAAUACACACUGGAGAGAAACCCUUUGUCUGUUCAGUUUGUGGGAAAAGCUAUUCCGCAAAGGCAAGUUUAACAAUGCACACAAGAACACACACUGGAGAGAAACCAUUCAUCUGCUCAGUUUGUGGCAAAAGCUUCUAUGACAAGUCAUCUUUAACAUCGCACACAAGAACACACACUGGAGAGAAACCUUUUGCCUGCUCACUUUGCGGUCUAAGAUUCUCUCAUAAGGCACCUUUUAGAAGACACAAAAAAACACACACUGGAGAAAAACCAUUUCCUUGCUCAGUUUGUGGUAAAAGAUUCACUCAGAAGGGAAACUUAAAAAUACACACAAGAACACACACAGGUGAAAAACCUUUUACCUGCUCAGUUUGUGGUGAAAGUUUCUCUGUAAAGUCGAGUUUAAUAUCUCACACAAGAACACACACUAAAGAGAAACCUUUUGUCUGCUCAGUUUGUGGUCUAAGAUUCUCUCAAAAGGGUCAAUUAGGGAAACACAAAAAAACACACUGAGGAAAAAACAUUGUCGCCGUGUGUGUACUAAAAUAUUUUAAGGUAAUGGUUUUUAAGAGACACGUGCUGCUGAGAAUAGCAAUUGUUGAAUCUUUUUAAAAACACUGAAGAAAAUUACUCUGUUUUAAUCUGUAAACGUGUUUGUGAUUUUGAAUAAAAUACAAAAGUUAAUUUUUUUUACAAUGAUGUAAAGACUUUAAGCCAAUAAUUGGUUCUGUGACAGAACCAUUGUCAAGUACGCUGUCCUUGUUUAAUUGUUUAUUUCGAACAUGUAAAUAAAAAAGAUGUCAAUUUGAAAAGGAAGAAGAAGCUGUGCUUAUUAAAUGACCUGAAAUAAAAUUACUUGUUGCACUUG